AUGAAACUUUAUGAAAAACAAUUCGAACAAUGUUUACACAACUUAGAUUACGUUAAUGAUCGAUUAGACGCUUCUACAAUUGGUCUAAAGAACGGAAUUGAAAGCACGAAAAACGAUUUAGCUGGCGCCCUCUCAAACAAGAAAGUAGAACUCGAAUACCAAGUUAAAAAGCUUCAAGAUGGAUACAAAGACACGUUAAAACAAAUGGAACAGAAGCUUACUGAAACAGAAUCAUCUUUGACCGGAAAAUUCGAUUCAGAAGUCGAGCAACUUAAAGAACAUUUCCAGAAAAUGAUUACACAAAAGGAAGAAGCAUUUAAUUUAACACAAACAUCACUUGAAAAGACAAAAGCUGAUUUAAAGCAAAUUACUGAUACAAGAGACAGCGAAUUACAACAACUCAAGCAGAAAAACAAUGAAACUCUUAACCAGCAUCGACAAUCAAUCAUGUCCAAGCUUGCAGGUGAUGAAAAGAAAGCUGCAGAAUUAGAAAAAGAAUUUAAUGAAGUUUUUAAGGCUCAUUCGAGUCUUGGACCUGAAUAUGAUAGGCAAUGGAGAGAAAGACAGAAGAAACUGAAGGAAGAUUUCGCAGAUGAAGACGAAUUAUACGAUGCAGAUGUAAAAUUAUUAAAUAUGAAAAUAGAAGACUUGAGAAGACAAAUUGGCGUUGCAGAUACAACAUACCAAUCUCAAAGAGUCACAAUGGAAGAGGAAAAACUAAAUUUGGCAACAGUUUAUGAGAAAAAUAUCAAAGAUAUCAUUAAUAGAAGGCCAACUGAUGUUGAAGAUGCCAAAAAGAAGAUUGAAGAAGAAUUCCAUACAAAAUUGGACAAAUUAAAUGAAGCUUUGGCAAAUCUUCGAGAUAAAAAUGAACAAGAAGCUGAAGCAAUGAAACAGAAGAUAAAUGAUAAGUCAGGAUCGAGUUCUGAUAAGCUUGCAGCACUUAAAGUUGAACAAGAGCGUGUUCUUGCAGAGUUUGAAGAAGAAAAAGGAAAAAUUAAAGAAGAAAUCGAGAAUGUUAAGUCAACUUGGGACCAAGAUAGAGAAGAUAUAAAGAAAAAGAUGCAAGCCAAUAUAGAUAGUGCGAAAAAGAAGAGCGAACUCGAAGAAAAAUAUUAUAUUUCUAAAAUCACAGCUUUAAGGUCAGAACUUGAUUCCAUUAUUACCGAAAAUAACCAAGUAGAGAAUUCUACAAUGAAUGAUGUCGCAGAAUACAAAAAGAAACUCUUAACUGAAGAAAAUCUUUUGGCAUCAAGUCUUCAGAACGAAUUAAACAAGAAAGUUCAAGCAGCUGUUGAAGCAAAGAUUGCAGAACUCCGAAAAAUCCACGAAGAAGAGCAAAGAAAUCUUGAAAAUCAAAUGAGAGCUCUUGAAACUCAGUUAUCUCAGCUCUCUUUCCCAAAACAAGACAUGGAAUCUCCUUUAUCAACAAACCCAUACAGAGAUGGCGGUGGUGUUAAGAAAACUCAGUCAAUGGCAGUAAGUUUUCAAAAUCAAACCCCUACAUCUAAUCUAUCGUCACAAAGAACGCCCGUAACAACCGCCAGAGUUCGACCUUCCUUUGCCACCCAACAAUUUAUUGAUUCUCAAUUAGACAUGUGGCGAAAAGACUUCUUAGCUGAUACAAAAGAGAUGCGUGCUGAACAAACAAGAGCAUUGAGGAUGUUAGAUGAAUCUAAGAACGAUUUCCAAGCAGCAGUUGACCAUAUCAACAAAUUAAAGCAGAAAUUGGAAACUACAACUGUUGAAUAUCAAAGUGCUGUUAAAGAAACUGAGAAAAAGAGUGAACAAGAAUUAUCUGAUCUCAAAAACAUCGUAGAAGAGAAAGAAAAGCAGAUUUCGGAGUUAGAAUCUCAAUUCGAAGUCAAUGAACAUGAACUAAAGAAGAGAGCCAAGCAAAUUGAAGCUGUUGAAGACAAAUUAUUCCAUCUAAAAGAGCACUUGGACCAAUCCAAGUCCGAAAUCCAGAAGAAGAUCAAAGAGGAAUUCCAACCAUUAAUAUUGGGCGAGAAGCAAAAGAACGAUGAAAGAAUGGCCCAACUUCAUCAGAUUCAAAAUGAGCUUGAACUACAAUUGGAGUUCAUGAAAAACGAUUUGUUCGUCGUAGAAUCAGCAAAUGCGGCUAUGGAAGACACAUUAAGAGGCGAAACAGCAUCAAUGGUCGAACGUCUCAAAAAUGAUUUGAACAAAGAAUUGUCUCAGCAAGAGAACAAGUACUCACAAAUCUUGAGAUCAAAAGAAGGAAAGCAUAUGGCCGAAAUACGCCAGAAAAUGGAACAAUUUGAUGAAGAUAAGCUAAAGAAAGUUGCUGAUUUCGAAUUAGAGAUGAAGAACUUAGCUGAAAAGCAUCAAGAAGAAGUACACGAGAUCAAUGACUAUUGUAUGAAGCUAAUGACAGAAAACAGCGACAAAAAGCAAAAAUUAAAUGAUUAUUACAACAUCGUUUGUGACAAAUGCCCUAUUUUGGCCAAGCACAUGAAACAUUUAGAAAAAGAAAUUGUUAAAUUGCAACUUGCAGUAAGAGAUGUUAAAUUAUCUGAUGAAAAUAAUAAGGCGCUCUAUAAGACCUUUAAACCAACUCUUCCACCACUUAAUCUUGAAUGA